CACAAACCCUUCACAACCCCCUCAACCUCCUCCAUAACUCUUCCUUUUAUCUAAAAUCCACCUUGUCAUUUUUUUCUCUUUCCUUUUUUUCUUCCGCAGGCAUAGAGUUUAGAUCUUUGGAGAGAUUUUUUUUCUGGUCUCUCUUGAAGGUCUUUUUCUGUGUUUCGAUCGCCACCCGAGAGAGACUUGAGACGUUACACGGACUUUUCGUCGCUCUCUUUUUUAUCUCGAUAUCAUCAACACAUUCGCCCGCCUGCGGACUUUCGUUAAGUGUUCACGACGAGCUCUUAAAACGAUUUCAGGCAUCUGCAGAUUUCUUAUCUCCUGAUUACCCACGAAUCAACUCAUUUGAAACUUCUUCAACUUAAACCCGUUUCGACAUUCAAUAUGGCCGACAGCUUGAAGAUUGGAAACCUGUCUCUGAACGAGUCUCAGCACGCGCCUCACAACAACAACACCGGCCGUGCUGCCUACAUCCCGCCGCACCUGCGUGGCCGCGGCGGCCCUGGCCCCAACCCCGGCCCUAGCCCCAUGGGCAUGGACGGUGCUGCUCCCGCUCCCAGCGGCGGAGCCUGGGGUGGAAGAAACGCUGGACGCGGCGGCGGCAACUGGGCAAAUGCUCCUGAUUUUACCCCUCGAGGUGGACCCAAUGGUAACAACUGGAAUAACCCUGAUGGCCCACGCCGCACAUUCGAUCCAAAUGCUUACGGAAACCCAGGUCACGGAGGUCAUGGUCACGGAGGCUCCUACAGCGGCGGAAGCAGUGCUCGCGGAUCUGGAGACGGUCAGUGGCGCGAUGGCAAGCACAUCCCCGGUCCUGCCAACCCCCGCGUAGAGCGCGAGCUGUUCGGUGUUCCCAACGAUCCCUCGAAGCAGCAGACGGGUAUCAACUUCGCCAACUACGACGACAUUCCCGUUGAGGCAUCCGGUCAGGAUGUCCCAGAGCCUGUGAACACCUUCACAAACCCGCCUCUGGAUGACCACCUUAUCUCCAACAUCGCUCUGGCCCAUUACCAGACUCCUACGCCCGUCCAGAAGUACUCGAUCCCGAUUGUGAUGAACGGCCGCGAUCUGAUGGCCUGCGCCCAGACCGGUUCCGGAAAGACUGGUGGUUUCUUGUUCCCCAUCCUUUCCCAGGCCUUCAAGAACGGUCCCUCCCCGGCUCCUCAGGCUGGUGGACAGUUCAGCUACGGCCGUCAGCGCAAGGCUUACCCGACAUCUCUCAUUCUCGCUCCCACUCGUGAGCUAGUCUCUCAGAUCUACGAUGAGGCUCGCAAAUUCGCCUACCGCUCUUGGGUCCGCCCCUGUGUCGUGUAUGGUGGUGCAGACAUCGGUUCUCAGCUCCGCCAGAUCGAGCGUGGUUGUGAUCUGCUUGUUGCUACUCCUGGUCGUCUGGUCGACCUGAUCGAGCGUGGCCGUAUCUCGCUCGUCAACAUCAAGUACCUCGUUCUCGACGAGGCUGAUCGCAUGUUGGACAUGGGUUUCGAGCCCCAGAUCCGUCGUAUCGUUGAGGGUGAGGAUAUGCCUGCUGUCGACGCCCGCCAGACUCUGAUGUUCUCGGCCACCUUCCCCCGCGACAUCCAGAUGCUGGCCCGUGAUUUCCUCAAGGACUAUGUUUUCCUGUCCGUUGGUCGUGUUGGAUCUACCUCUGAGAACAUCACCCAGCGCGUUGAGUACGUCGAGGACCAGGACAAACGCUCCGUCCUGCUUGAUAUCCUUCACACACACGGAACUACCGGUUUGACGCUUAUCUUCGUUGAGACGAAGCGUAUGGCCGAUUCUCUGUCCGACUUCCUCAUCAACCAGAGCUUCCCUGCGACUGCCAUUCACGGUGACCGUACCCAGCGUGAGCGUGAGCGUGCUCUCGAGUACUUCCGUAACGGACGCUGCCCGAUCCUGGUUGCCACUGCUGUUGCGGCUCGUGGUCUGGAUAUCCCCAACGUCACUCAUGUCGUCAACUACGAUCUGCCUACCGAUAUUGACGACUACGUCCACCGUAUCGGUCGUACCGGCCGUGCUGGUAACACUGGUAUUGCUACUGCUUUCUUCAACCGUGGCAACCGUGGUGUCGUCCGCGACCUGAUUGACCUCCUCAAGGAGGCCAACCAGGAGGUUCCCUCCUUCCUGGAGAACAUUGCCCGUGAGGGUAGCGGAUACGGCGGCCGUGGUGGCCGUGGAGGCCGUGGCCGCGGCAGCAACGCGACCCGUGAUGUCCGUCGCACUGGCGGUGGCAUGGGUGGUGCUCCCUCCUACGGUGGCAGCUUUGGCGGCGGCCCUGGUGGCUACAGCAGCGGCGGCGGCGCAGGCGGCUACGGUGGUGCCCCUCAGUACAGCGGAUACGGAGGUGGUAGCUACGGCGGCGGUUAUGGCAACCCCUCUGGCCCGACCGGCGCUUCUUCCUGGUGGUAAAUCAGUUGUGGUCUCUUGACGAGGCCAAUGAGUCUGAUUGUUUCCUUGCUAUCUUACCAUUUCUUAACGGAUACGAUCAGAACAGUGUCUUCGGGCUUCUUCUUUCGUCCGAGGCCGGCUUUGUCACGACUGCGACGAAUUUCCUCAUGCUUUGUUUUAUUUCGAUGUGCUUCUGCUUGUAUCCAGUAUUUCUCGAGGUUUUUGUCUUUUUUUUUUUUUUCUCUUUU